AUGUUGAAAAGCAAAAGACGAUCAGCUCACGGCAUCUUCUCUUCUCCUCACUAUCCCGCCAUCUCUGCGCCGACCAAUUUUGUGAAAUUAUCCGGGAUGGGCAGCGUAGGCGAGGCGCCCGCGGCGGCUACUGUCAAUAGCGCCGUGACGGGCGCCGAUGACAGCAGUAGGCAGAACGAGGAACGUGUGGUAGCCGAACCGCUUGUCGAGGACUAUCAACAGGUCCAGUUUGAGCAGGACGCGCCCAUACAAGAACCCCCUCGGACCCCUCAGACGCCACCUUCUAAAAGGUCAAGCUGGCAUCAUACUCCCACACAAAAGCAGCCUCAGACGCCCUCAUCCAAAAGGUCAAGCUAUCAGCCGCUCGCAAGUCAUCCUGUUCAGUCUCCACCAACUUCGCCAGUUUCGUCAGCUUCCCCGGGGGACGACGCUGCCCCUCCGCCGCCGGACUUCACUCGUCGCGGCAUCCAUAUUCCUAUGAGGACCAGCAGUAGCUCCGCGAACAGACGACGUUUCUUUCGUUCAUCAAGUGUACCAAAUUCCAAGGCAAUGCCUACUACAUCCGGCGCCUCGGACUCCGCGUCCCUCCACGCGCGCAGCGAUGCCGAUUCUGUCAUUUCCUACGAAACCAAGGCCUCCUCAAUACUGACGCAAGCAUUACCACCGUUGCAGCAGAAGGGUCUCCCAGACGAUCUCGACCGACUAUCGCCCUUGCUCGAAGAUGAUCCAAAGUCGUUCGACCUCGUGGCGCCCAACGAGGCAGAUGGCGGCAGAGGCUUCAACUUGGAAGCCCGGUCUGAGCAGCUGUUCUCUAAGGAGCAUCUAGAGUCUGUAUUUCAUGACACUCCCUCAUUACUUCGGUUCACCGCAUUCCUUUCUAUGGCACGGCCACAAUCAGUGCCAACCCUUAUUUACUACCUCGACGCAAUGAAAGCUCUACGAGCAAUCAACUACGCCAAUGCCGUGGCUGAGGCCCUGGAGCCCAUUGAAGGCCACGAAUUCACCGAGACGCCGGCGCGACCCACCAUCAAUGCGGUUCUGGAGGAUAAAGCCCGUCAGGCAUUCGACGUCCUGGUCCGAGAAGAUCUCCCUGCUUUCAUCACCCACAUCUUCAUCCAAGUCGUCAGCGUCAGCAUUCAGAAGCGCAUCACAGGGAACCUGCCUCCCUUGCUGCGCGAGGCCAGCGAAGGCUUGGCCGAGGUUUUCUGUCUCACAGAUCCCUCGCGGUCGGAUAACCCAAUCAUUUUCGCUUCAGAGGAGUUUCACCGCACUACCCAAUACGGCGUCAGCUAUGCUAUUGGACGGAACUGUAGAUUUCUCCAAGGACCGCGCACCAAUCGGAGUAGCGUCGCGCGGUUGAGGAGAGCCGUCGAUGAGGGGAGGGAAGUCAGUGAGGUCUUCCUUAACUACCGCCGCGAUGGAUCACCCUUCAUGAAUCUGCUGAUGAUGGCGCCUCUCCUCGACUCUCGCGGCAACCUGCGCUACUUUAUCGGCGCACAAGUCGACGUCAGCGGUCUUGUGAAGGACUCUACCGAUCUUGACGCCUUCCAGAGCAUGCUUGACAGGCAGGAAGGCCGGGAGCCAGAGGAAGAGCCCAAAGACGAGUUCCAGGAGCUGAGCGAGAUGUUCAACAACUCCGAGCUUGAGACCGUGCGGAAGCAUGGUGGGAACAUGCACCGGGAGCAUCUUGAGGAACGGGACGAUGCGAGUAUUAUGCACCGUCCACGGGUUCUUAUUAAGGACAUGACGAACAUCGAGUCGGAUAAUAAGCCAGCGCACGUGUCUAUCAAGCCCGAGGGCCGCUUGGCUGGUGUGUACAAACACUACCUUCUUAUUCGCCCACAUCCCUCCCUUCGUAUCCUCUUCGUCUCGCCAUCCCUCCGCGUCCCGGGAAUCCUCCAAUCCCGCUUUCUCGACCGCAUCGGCGGCUCCACCCGCGUCCGCGACUCUCUCGCCGAAGCCCUCGCAGACGGCUCGCGCGGCGUCACCGCAAAAGUGCGCUGGCUCCACACCGCCGCCGCAAACCUCGAUUCCGACCGCGCCGAUGAGGGUCGACCGCGUUGGAUACACUGCACUCCGCUCCUUGGUCAAUCCGGCGCAGUGGGUGUCUGGAUGGUCGUUCUCGUCGACGACGAGAAGUCCGGCCCCGUGCGGAGAUUCAGACAAGCGCCGCCCGUCUCGCAUGACGUCCGGCGACACCACGCUGCAUCGCCCGGACCUUCCAGUGGUGCAAUCGGCUUAGACAGCGGCGACGAGUUCGAGCCGCGAGGCGGUUGGUCCCACCAUAUCAACGGCAUGGGAGGCCCACCGCGACCCUUUGCCCUCGAUGCCCUGCGCAGGCCCGGAAGCGCAAUGAGCGAGCAGCGGGCUGCGCUGACUGAGUCAGGGAGCAGCGGCAGUAGCUUCAACCUUGGCGGAGGUGCGAGCGAGCGGGGGAGUCUUCAGGGUGGGAUCCUGAAAACGACCAGUGUGAUAAGUGUUGUGGAGAAAAGGUCGGACGAGAAGGUUUCGGCGUCGCGAUCGAUGGUGGCUAGGGAGGCUGGUCGCGCGGAUGGGGAGAGGCGUAAGAGGUCGUUGUUGUGGGAGGAGGUUGGAUACUGGUUUGGUGGGAACGGGACGGAUACGCAAAGGGGCCUCUUUGCAUAG